GUCAACACAGCAACAGCGGAAAAAAGUUCCACCAUGGACUCCAGACUUCGGCUUCCGAACGCCGCAGCGGUCAUCUUUCUCCUCGUCCUCGCCCUGAUCCCCCCGGCGGAGGCUUACGACGCCGGCGACGCGCUGGCCCUGCUCGUGUGCAGCGUCCUGGCCGUGGUGGGCUGCUGCGCCGGCCUCGGCUGGUACGCGCGGAGGCGGAACGGACAGCUGUGACGGAGCCGCGGCGCUGCACCGUCCGGUCCCGUUCCCAUCCAGCCACCCUCCCUCCCUGGGUAGUUCUCCCACACUGGACCCUCUGGCACAAGGUUUGUGUCCGAGCGGAUAAUAACAAACGUGCCUUAGUGGGAUUAAUGCGUCGAGCUGGAGGGGAGACCACGUGGAGGAAGAGGAAGGGGAGAGAAACAUCCAGGAAGUCCGAAACCAGGAACUUGUUAUUAUCGUCUUGCACUGCUGAGAUUACGGCCCUUAAAACCCUGAUGCCUUCUAUAUGAAAAGAAAAAGACUGCUGCAGUCACUAUAUAAUCCCCCUGAGGAUGCUUUGAAUACACACAUGAAGUGACCACUGUGAUCUCCUGAUGUGUGUGUGUGUGUGUAUGUGUGUUUGCAGUGUUCAACACAACAUUGUCAUUGUUUGAAGCACGACAUCACACGUGUUGUUAAACGACAGUAGUGGAGUUGCAUUUUUUGUGCUCGUGAAACUUUUUUUUUUGUGAAGAAUAAACUGAUAUAUCUGAUACAUGAAUGAUCUGCAGUUUAAUUCCUUUCAGAAGAUCCUUAUGAAAAGAUUUUUAACCCUGGAACAAGGUCGACUAGCUACAAGAUGAAUUGUGAAUUGUCAUAACCCAUUUGAUUAGGAGCAAAGAAAUAUGGAAAAACUGAAAAAAUGUAAAAGACUGUGUACAUUACUAUUUUAAGGGUGAAGAUACUACGCAUCCCAUAAUGUAGACAACCCCACCGACCUCCAGCCUCUUCUUGAAUUUCACCUGGUUCUGAUUUCACUCCUUUAGACUCUUUUCCUCGUCUCUAGAAAGCAGCAGCAUGGUUACUGUGUUAAACGCAAUGUUAAGCUGAACCGUCCAAUGGUAGCUUCAGGUUUGUGGUAAACAUUUCCAUGGUAACAGCUGCACCAAUCAGAGACGUCACUAUCACACCUGAGGAUUGUGGAUAGUGUAGUUUUUCCUCCUUGACAUCAAAAAGUUGUUCUCACAAUGCAGUUGAUAUUCAGACUUGUGGCUUUUAGAGGAGCAUCUAACAUUGUUUCACAAUCUCGUGUCUUGUGGUCAGUCUACUUUAGAUGGUUAGAAUAUUAUGUCUGAUAAUCAAUGGGAUUAUAACUUCAUCUAAAAUAUCAAGAAAAUAUCAAGUAUUCCUAUAUGUUCUGCAGAAUAAAAAAACUACAAAUGUGACUGAU